UCGACAUGUUUGGAUUUACCAAGAAGGCUGGACAGUCAUUUGGUUCAUAGGAAAGUGUCCCGUUCAUUUCUGAUCCGUGGUGUUUGAUAAGUGGCAGAACUAUGGAGUAUCCUCUGGUGUGUGUUCUCAUCCUGGUGCUGCUCAAUUUCACUACAGAUGUCUCUGGCCAGGCUGUGGUUCCCUCUAUGAACCCCUUAGCUGUGGGAAGUAAUGUCACACUGAACCUAGUUCCCCAAAGCCCCAUCACCAUAGGGACCUGGUCAUAUGAAACUACAGUCGUCGUACUUUUCUAUCCUGGUGGCAGUAGUGUGAGGAAAAUGUAUCAAGACAGAAUCUCAUUCAACCGCUCCUCCUCAGAGCUGUCCAUAAGCUCUCUCCAGCUCAACGACUCAGGACGAUAUACUGUCCAGGGAAUGGAGCCAGUCCUGAAUGCAGUGGUGACUUUGUCUGUCCAGGAGCCCAUUUCAAACGUGACUCUAAGGGCCAAUGCCAUUGAUCUAGUGGAAUUGAACGACACUGCCAUUUUCACCUGUUCCGUCUCCUCUGGCACUUCCCUCUCUUACCGCUGGCUGAAUGGCAGCUCAGAGGUCACAGCCAGUGACAGAGUUCGGCUUGGUGGUGGGAACAGCACUCUCACCAUAGUCAGUGUGACACGAUACGAUGAAGGGCCAUUCAGAUGUAUGGUCAUCAACGGAAUCAGCAAUGGCACCAGCCAGCCCAUUGGCCUCAAUGUUAGAUAUGGCCCAAGUAAUCUCACCAUGAUGGUACUUCCUGAGAUGACCAUAGGACAUACAGCCUACAAAUCGGGCUCUGACAUCACUCUGUCCUGCUCCGCUCAGUCCAAACCCGCUGUGUCCUACAAGUGGAGGUUUAAUGGGGCGUUCCUCAAUGAGCAAAGCCCACAGCUCAGCCUGCAGAACACCAGGGAGAACCAGACAGGAGGUUACUCCUGCUUAGCCCACAACAAUGUCACACUCCGAUUCGCCACCCUGACCACAAUGAUAAAGAUCAUGGAGCCGAUAUCAGCAGUUGCGUUGAACAGUGAUGGGAAGCCACCGAUACUGGGUCAGUCGCUCACUUUGCGGUGUGAGGUGACUGGACCUGUAGACUACACUCACUGGCUGAUGAACAGCCAGCUCAUCUCCCUAAACAACAGAACGAUCUUCUCUACGGACAACAAGACAAUGGUUAUCAACCCAAUCCAGUUUUCUGACAGUGGAGAAUAUCUCUGUGAGGCCUUUAAUGCUGCCAGCAACCUGACCAGCAUGACAUACAAGCUUGUGGUGAACUUUGGACCAGAGAGACCUGCUGUAACUAGUCCGGAUAUCGCGAUGACAGGACACAUCGUCACCUUCAACUGCUCAGCCUCCUCUCAGCCUCCCAGCCAGUUCAGCUGGUUCUUCAAUGGCUCCAAGGUGGCGACUGGCUCAGUGUAUAAGACUAGCCCACUAACCUUAGCCAGUUAUGGGGAGUACACCUGUGUGGCCUUCAACAACAUCACUGGCAGAAACAGUACUGUCUCCAAGAUGCUCACCGUCAUUGAACCAGUCACAAUGGCCAUGGUGAAAGUCAUUGGAGCCCAGCCAAUACUGAAUGAGACAUUCUCUCUGACCUGUGACACCGCUGGAACCAUUUACUCCAUUCACUGGAUGAGGAACAGCUGGCCUCUGUAUGCUGACAACAGAAAACAAUUUUCUAUGAACAACAAUACACUGACAUUCAACUAUGUCCAGCGUUCUGACAAUGGAGACUAUCAGUGUUCUGCCUCCAACCAACUCAGCAACAUGACCAGCCCAAGCUACAGACUGAUCGUCAACUAUGGUCCAGAGAGACCUGUUAUCAUGAGUCCGGAUAUAGCGAUGACAGGAUACAUUGUCACCUUCAACUGCUCGGCCUCCUCUCAGCCUCCCAGCCAGUUCAGCUGGUUCUUCAAUGGCUCCCAGGUGGCAACUGGCUCAGUGUAUAAGACUAGCCCACUGACCUUAGCCAGUCAUGGGAAGUACACCUGUGUGGCCUUCAACAACGUCACUGGCAGAAAUAGCACUGUCUCCAAGAUGCUCACUGUUGUUGCACCUGUGACCAUGACCAUGGUGAAAGUCAUUGGAGCCCAGCCAAUACUGAAUGAGACAUUCUCUCUGACCUGUGACACCGCUGGAACCAUUUACUCCAUUCACUGGAUGAGGAACAGCUGGCCUCUGUAUGCUGACAACAGAAAACACUUUUCUAUGAACAACAAUACACUGACAUUCAACUAUGUCCAGCGUUCUGACAAUGGAGACUAUCAGUGUUCUGCCUCCAACCAACUCAGCAACAUGACCAGCCCAAGCUACAGACUGAUCGUCAACUAUGGUCCAGAGAGACCUGUUAUCAUGAGUCCGGAUAUAGCGAUGACAGGAAUCAUUGUCACCUUCAACUGCUCGGCCUCCUCUCAGCCUCCCAGCCAGUUCAGCUGGUUCUUCAAUGGCUCCCAGGUGGCAACUGGCUCAGUGUAUAAUACUAGCCCACUGACAUUAGCCAGUCAUGGGAAGUACACCUGUGUGGCCUUCAACAAUGUCACUGGCAGAAAUAGCACUGUCUCCAAGAUGCUCACUGUUGUUGCACCUGUGACCAUGACCAUGGUGAAAGUCAUUGGAGCCCAGCCAAUACUGAAUGAGACAUUCUCUCUGACCUGUGACACCGCUGGAACCAUUUACUCCAUUCACUGGAUGAGCAACGGCUGGCCUCUGUAUGCUGACAACAGAAAACACUUUUCUAUGAACAACAAUACACUGACAUUCAACUAUGUCCAGCGUUCUGACAAUGGAGACUAUCAGUGUUCUGCCUCCAACCAACUCAGCAACAUGACCAGCCCAAGCUACAGACUGAUCGUCAACUAUGGUCCAGAGAGACCUGUUAUCAUGAGUCCGGAUAUAGCGAUGACAGGAUACAUCGUCACCUUAAACUGCUCGGCCUCCUCUCAGCCUCCCAGCCAGUUCAGCUGGUUCUUCAAUGGCUCCCAGGUGGCAACUGGCUCAGUGUAUAAGACUAGCCCACUGACAUUAGCCAGUCAUGGGAAGUACACCUGUGUGGCCUUCAACAACGUCACUGGCAGAAAUAGCACUGUCUCCAAGAUGCUCACUGUUGUUGCACCUGUGACCAUGACCAUGGUGAAAGUCAUUGGAGCCCAGCCAAUACUGAAUGAGACAUUCUCUCUGACCUGUGACACCGCUGGAACCAUUUACUCCAUUCACUGGAUGAGGAACAGCUGGCCUCUGUAUGCUGACAACAGAAAACACUUUUCUAUGAACAACAAUACACUGACAUUCAACUAUGUCCAGCGUUCUGACAAUGGAGACUAUCAGUGUUCUGCCUCCAACCAACUCAGCAACAUGACCAGCCCAAGCUACAGACUGAUCGUCAACUAUGGUCCAGAGAGACCUGUUAUCAUGAGUCCGGAUAUAGCGAUGACAGGAAUCAUUGUCACCUUCAACUGCUCGGCCUCCUCUCAGCCUCCCAGCCAGUUCAGCUGGUUCUUCAAUGGCUCCCAGGUGGCAACUGGCUCAGUGUAUAAUACUAGCCCACUGACAUUAGCCAGUCAUGGGAAGUACACCUGUGUGGCCUUCAACAAUGUCACUGGCAGAAAUAGCACUGUCUCCAAGAUGCUCACUGUUGUUGCACCUGUGACCAUGACCAUGGUGAAAGUCAUUGGAGCCCAGCCAAUACUGAAUGAGACAUUCUCUCUGACCUGUGACACCGCUGGAACCAUUUACUCCAUUCACUGGAUGAGCAACGGCUGGCCUCUGUAUGCUGACAACAGAAAACACUUUUCUAUGAACAACAAUACACUGACAUUCAACUAUGUCCAGCGUUCUGACAAUGGAGACUAUCAGUGUUCUGCCUCCAACCAACUCAGCAACAUGACCAGCCCAAGCUACAGACUGAUCGUCAACUAUGGACCAGAGAUGCCUGUUAUAACAGGACCAGCAUUAGGAGAAACAGGACACAUCGUGACCUUCAACUGCUCGGCCUCCUCUCAGCCUCCCAGCCAGUUCAGCUGGUUCUUCAAUGGUUCCCAGGUGGCGACUGACUCAGUGUAUGAGACUGGCCCACUGACCUUAGCCAGUUAUGGGGAGUACACCUGUGUGGCCUUCAACAACAUCACUGGCAAAAACAGCACUGUCUCCAAGAUGCUCACUGUUGUUGAGGCUAUAAAGUCGGUGAUGGUGAAACAAAGCAAAAUACCGAUAGCAUCUGACAAUCUAACCCUGACCUGUGAUGUCACUGGGCGCUAUGACACAAUCUACUGGAUGAAGGACAACCUGCCUCUGAUCCUGAACAACACCUUGAACUCUGACAUCACCAUCUCCAACAACUCUCUGCACUUCAGUCCAGUCAACGUGUCUAAUGAUGGAAACUAUCAGUGCGUCGCCACCAACCUCCUUCGUCCACACACCAGCCCUAAAUACAAGCUAUUGGUGAACUAUGGCCCUCUGAGUGUGAACAUCUCUGGACCAGUCUCAGUGAUGAUUGGCUCAGUAAUCACAGCCACGCUGAAGUGCUCUGCCGACUCCCAGCCAACCAGUGAAUACGGGUGGAAAUUCAACAACCAAUCAGUGCUGGGGACUGGUCCUUUGAUAGCUGUUGUCGCCUCCUUGGAGAAUGCAGGGAACUACACUUGUGUGGCCAAGAACCCUGUGACCAACAUCUCAAUGUCCAACACCAUCAGUCUGGAUGUCACUGGCCACUCUCCUGCCCCUCCAUUCCAAUCCAGAGUUGGUCUGAUGCUGAUGGCCCUGCUAGCUCUCUCUCUCUGCCUCUGAUCAACCACUGAGACCACCACAGUAUGCACACUGCAUGUCUGUCUGCUGGCUGGGAGCCAAUCACUCCCUUCCCUCUACCCUCACUGACCUGAGAAAGGACUGGAUAGGAAUAAGUGGUAUUGUCGAUAUUGUAAUUGCCCCAUCUUGCCACCAUAGGGCUGGGUUUAGUAUGCUCACUCCUUUCCAAUGCUUUUAGAUUGUGAGGAGAGAGUCAACAAGAGGUCAGAAGGGAGGGGUCUAUCCUCUUAGAAUAGAACCCACCUCUACAAUGUGUUUUUAUGUCAAUCAUCUCUAUUAACUGAUAUUCCUUUUAAAAACAACAAUCUUGAAAACUGGUCUUCAACAUGGUAAUUUGUUUUUUAAUGUAGAAUUUUUUGAAAAUUUAGAAGAUGCUCUUAUCCAGAGCGACUUACAGGAGCAAUUAGGGUUAAGUGCCUUGUAAUUGAAGGGGCAAACAUCCACUGCUCAGCUGCACUGCCUAUUUCUGUUUCUAAUUCAAUGUUCUUAGAUAUUCACUGCCCUUGUGACUGUUGCCCUGGAGUCCAUUCACUGAGUCCCUUUCUGUGUUUGAUCAUGUAUGUAAACUCUGUAGUUCAAGUACAAAUUCAGGUAUAUUUAGCUUAUAAAUACCAUAGAGGUAAAACGUUUCAAAUGAUAAUACAUUUAACUGGUGUUUAUGUAAAACAUGGCUUGUUUUUGCACAUAUUUAAUGUAUAAGCUUGUAAAUCCUCGGAGGAGAUGCAGGCUUAUGCUGUUGUCUUAUGUUUAUUUUUCCUCUUCAUUAAUUAUUGUCUUAAAUAAAGUGUUGUCUUUUCACACCUGUCCUACUGAA